AUGCUUAUAGGUUUUAGACACUUAAAUUCCAAACCAUUCAUUUCUUUCAAAAACUUUGCAUUUAAAAACCAAACAGUUAAAGUUUGUGGAUAUAAUAGAUUCUUAUCAUCAACAAAUCUUCAAUUUCAAUCAAAUUCUUUUAAAGAGCAAAGCAAAACUUUAAAUUAUAAUAAAGAAGUCAAUUUUAAAGUGAAUUUUGAUACAAUGGCUACUACAAUUAACGAUUCAUUGGCUAAAUUGUCAUUAAAAGAACCAACCACUUAUGAAGGUUCUUUCCCAGAAUACAACACUGUUGAUCUUUUAAGAAAUUACAUCACUCAAGAAUUAUCAAAAAUUUCUGGUGUUGACCCAUCUUUAAUUUUCCCAGCUUUAGAAUGGACAAAUACUUUAGAUCGUGGUGAUUUAUUAAUCCCAGUUCCAAGAUUACGUAUCAAAGGUGCUAAACCACAAGAUUUAGCCGUUGAAUGGGCUGAAAAUUUUCCAUUAGGUGAAUACUUAUCAAAAGUUGAAGCUAAUGGUGCUUUCAUUCAAUUCCAUUUUGCUCCAAAAUUCUUAUUCAACGUCGUUAUUAAAGAUGUUUUAACUCGUAAAGGAGAUUAUGGUUCAUCUCCUAUUGGUCAAAAUAAAAGAGUUUGUGUUGAAUUCUCUUCUCCAAAUAUUGCUAAACCAUUCCAUGCUGGUCAUUUACGUUCCACUAUUAUCGGUGGUUUCUUAUCUAAUUUAUACGAAAAACUUGGUUGGGAUGUCACCCGUAUCAAUUAUUUAGGUGAUUGGGGUAAACAAUUUGGUCUUUUAGCUGUUGGUUUUGAAAGAUAUGGUAGUGAAGAACAAUUAGCUAAAGAUCCAAUUAAUCAUUUAUUUGAAGUUUAUGUUAAAGUUAACAAAGAUGUUGAAAAUGAAGGUGAUUCAUUACCAGAAGAAGAAUCAACCAAUGGUCAAGCUCGUGCUUUCUUUAAAAGAAUGGAAGAUCAAGAUCCAACUGCUUUAAAACAUUGGGAAAGAUUUAGAGCUUUAUCAAUUGAAAAAUAUAUCAGUACUUAUAAACGUUUAAAUAUUCAAUAUGAUGUUUAUUCAGGUGAGUCUCAAGUUCCUCAAGAAUUAAUGAAUAAAGCUUUAGAAAUCUUUAAAGAAAAAGGUUUAACUCAUGAAGAUAGAGGUGCUCUUUUAAUUGAUUUGAAAAAAUUCAAUAAGAAAUUAGGUAAAUGUAUUGUUCAAAAAUCUGAUGGUACUACUUUAUACUUAACAAGAGAUGUUGGUGAAGCUAUUCAACGUUAUGAAAAAUACAAGUAUGAUAAAUCUAUUUAUGUUGUUGCAUCUCAACAAGAUUUACAUGUUGCACAAUUCUUUGAAAUCUUAAAACAAAUGGGUUUCGAAUGGGCUAAAAACUUAUUACAUAUCAAUUUCGGUAUGGUUCAAGGUAUGUCAACUAGAAAAGGUACUGUUGUUUUCUUGGAUAACAUUUUAGAAGAAACCAAAGAAAAAAUGCAUGAAGUUAUGAAGAAAAAUGAAGCUAAAUACGCUCAAAUUGAAAAUCCAGAUGAAGUUGCUGAUUUAAUUGGUAUUUCAGCUGUUAUGAUUCAAGAUAUGCAAUCUAAACGUAUCAAUAAUUAUGAAUUCAAAUGGGAACGUAUGACUUCAUUUGAAGGUGAUACUGGUCCAUACUUACAAUAUGCUCAUUCACGUUUAAGAUCAGUUGAAAGAAAAUCUGGUAUUUCAACUGAAAAAUUAGCAAAUGCUGAUUUCUCAUUAUUAGUUGAACCACAAGCUGAAUUAUUAAUCCGUUUAUUAGGUCAAUAUCCAGAUGCUUUAAGAAAUGCUUCUAAAACUCAUGAACCAUCAACUAUUGUUACUUAUUUGUUCAAAUUAACUCAUCAAGUUUCAUCAUGUUAUGAUGUCUUAUGGGUUGCUGGUCAAACUGAAGAAUUAGCAACUGCUCGUCUUGCAUUAUAUUCUGCUGCUCGUCAAGUCUUGUAUAACGGUAUGACCUUAUUAGGUUUAACUCCAGUUGACAGAAUGUAA